GACGCGUUGAGCUCGAGCGACGCGGUGGUCGAAGCGUGCACCUUGGUUGGCGAUCCUUCGCUGCCGAUGUGAUUGUCCGCCAUGUUCUUCAUUAAAGAGCUGUCACACACCAUCCUCCUGCACCCGUCCUACUUCGGCCCGCGCAUGCUGCAAUUCCUAGAGUCCAAGCUCUACUCCGAUGUUGAAGGCACCUGUUCCGGACAGUUUGGCUACAUUAUCGCGGUGGUCUCCAUCUUGGACAUAGGAAAGGGGAUGGUCCUACCGGGCAGUGGCCAAGCAGAGUUCAUUACGCGGUACCGGGCCAUCGUGUUCAAGCCCUUCAAGGGUGAGGUUGUUGACGGGGUGGUAAACAAUGUCAACAAGAUGGGCUUUUUUGCCGAGGUUGGGCCUCUGACGGUCUUCGUCUCGCAUCAGCUCAUCCACCCGGAUAUGCGAUACGACCCAAAUUCAAACCCGCCGUCGUUCGCAUCAGAAGACCAGAUCAUCGAGAAAAACACGAAGGUCAGACUAAAAAUUGUCGGAACGCGUGUCGACGCCACAGAAAUCUUCGCGAUAGGGACUAUCAAGGAGGACCACCUCGGCGUUAUCGAUUAAAAUCCAGGAGGUGGCGUACUUGCGCGUGCUUUCCUCGUCUCGUUCGGCUCGUGCGUUGGACUCUGUGCUGUGAUUGUUGUCAGACUGCUGUGUAUAAUCGUGUAGCGAUACAUUGUACUAAUCACAUGGGAUACCUCAGAA